GAGCGUUUCGUGCAAGUGACGUCAUAAGAGUUGCGCUGCAGCUUGCGGCUCGUUUGUCGGUUGAAAGAAGAUUGUGAAAGAAGAGGUGUUUGUGUGAGAUGCUGAAGUCACUAUCACACCAGUUCAUCUAUAAAUACUGUGAAGAAGUCAAACAAGCAGCUGCUGUCACAACACAUUCAACUACUCUACUAUUCUGAUCCACUGUUGUAAUGAUGGAGUGUGUUAAAGAGGAGACUGAUCCUGAAUCAUUCACAAUAACACCUGAAGAACAAAGAGGUCUAAUGGGAGUGAAAGAGGAAGGUCACCAACAAAAUGAAAUGGAGGAUGAACAUCAGCAUCACAAUUUCAUAAGUGAAGAAAAGUGCUCACAGAUUGAUGAGGAUUCACUUGAAGAAAGAGAAGAAGACAAAAUCUCUUUUACAUGCCAUCUUAAUGGUGAGACUUUUUCACAGAAAGAACAUUCAAAUGUUCACAUAAAGACUCACGCUGAAGAAAGACCAUACGCCUGCUCUCAGUGUGAAAAGACUUACAAACGUAAAAACCACCUUAAGGAACAUUUAGUGAUUCACACUGGUAAGUGGCCUUUCACCUGCCCUCAGUGUGAUAAGGGUUUUUUACGAAAAAGACAUCUUGAUGAUCACAUAAAUACUCACACUGGAGAAAGGCCGUACACCUGUCCUCGGUGUGAUAAGACUUACACAUCUAAACAGCACUUUAAGGUUCAUAUAGUAACUCAUUCAAACGAGAGAUCCUUUGCAUGCCCUCAGUGUGAUAAGUGUUUUAAUCAACUAGAAAAUCUUAAUGUUCACAUAAAGAUUCACGCUGGAGUAAGGCCAUACGCCUGCCCUCAUUGUGAAAAGACUUACAGAUAUAAAUGCCAGCUUCAGGAUCAUUUAGUGAUUCACACUGGUGAGAGGCCCUUCACCUGCCCUCAGUGUGAUAAGGGUUUUUUACGAAAAACACAUCUUUAUGAUCACAUAAAGACUCACACCGGAGAAAGGUCACACGCCUGUCCUCAAUGUGAAAAUACUUACAGAUAUAAAAAAGAUCUUAGGAAACAUUUAGUUAUUCACACUGGUGAGUGGCCCUUCACCUGCCCUCAGUGUGAUAAGGGGUUUCUACAAAAAAGACAUCUUGAUGAUCACAUAAAGACUCACACUGGAGAAAAGUCAUACGCCUGUCCUUAUUGUGAAAAGACUUACACAUGUAAGCAGCAUCUUAAGGAUCAUAUAGUAACUCAUAGAAAUGAGAGACCAUUUGCAUGCUCUCAGUGUGAUAAGUGUUUUAAACAACUAGGAACUCUAAAUGUUCACAUGAAGUCUCACGCUGAAGAAAGGCCCUACAGCUGUCCUCAAUGUGCAAAGACUUACAGACUUAAAUGUCACCUUAAGGAACAUUUAGUGAUUCACACUGGUGAGUGGCCCUUCACCUGCCCUCAGUGUGAUAAGGGUUUUUCCCGGAAAAAAAAUCUUGAUAAUCACAUAAAGUCUCACACAGGCGAUAGAGUUUUAUUGAGUCUGUGACGCUGAUAAAACACAAGUGACUGUAUACUGGAGAGAAGCUGCGCCGCUGUCAUUCAUGUUGGAGAAGUUUCAGACGAUCACACAGCUGCAGACUCACAGAGAAAAGCGCAGUGAACAAAGAUCAACUUCAGUCUUCAGGUUCAAGCACAUGAUGUGAAAUGAAGAUAAACCUCACGAUUGAAUUACUCUAAAAUGUAUAAAUUUUAAUGCAUUACAUGAAGUGGUUACAUUUAUUCCUGUAGCUCAUCUUGUAGAGCAUUGUGUUAACAGUUCAACAGGUCAUGUGUUCAAAUCCCAGGAACACACAUGAUGAUGAAAUGUAUAUCUUUAAUGUAUUGUAACUUCCUUUUGAUAAAUUUGCCAAAUGCAUUAAAAGGUAAAUAUUG